AUUGUCACAUGACACACUUAUAAUAGUAUAUUGUGAUUUGCAAUCAGACAAUAUGCAUUAUAAUAAUUUAAUUACUAAUUCAUUCGUUGUUUGUUCUAUUCUCCUAUUCUCCGUACCACAAUCAUUCAACCAAAAUGUGGGACCAACUGUAAAAAUGACCAAUGGACAAGUGUGGCCGAAACCUGUGCUGCAACACAUCUACGAUGAAUACUUGACAUUUGAACCAGAAAAUUUUCAUUUCAAUAUUACAGGUUAUAGUUGUGACGACCUUCAAGAUGCAUUUAAACGGUAUAAUUCUAUGCUGUUUUUAAAAGCUACGAAAGCAUUUAAACAAAACACUAGUUUAUCUAUGGACUUAAUCAUUGGCAAGAUGGAAGUGCUCAAUGUGCAGAUGACAAAUCCCUGUGAAAAUUAUCCUUCGUUAAAUAUGGACGAAAAAUAUGAAAUCAAAAUAAACAAUUCCAGUGGACUUUUACUUGCAUCGUCUAUUUGGGGCAUUCUCAGAGGUCUAGAAACAUUUUCUCAGUUGAUUUAUUUGGGAACGGACG